CUUAAAGAAGUCGAAGUUGGGGAAAGAACAAAGAAAAGAAAGCAAACAAAGGAUUACACCCUACAGAGACGAGGAUGAAAAUAGCAUGGAAGAAGAACAACAAGAACAGCAAGAAGCGCUCUCUCUCGGCUAUAACAAAGUUUCCAAACCUCCCCUUCGAGAACCAACAGGACCAACACGAAGACGAAGCUAAUCGUAGCAGCAACACCCAGCUCAACAAGGAGGAGAACGGUGAUGAGGGAUCAGCUUCUCUCGAGUCCUCUGACUCAUCGGACGCUAAGCAACUUGCCCAGUCCUUUCAGGCACAGGGAAAUAAGCUCGCUGAGGAUGGAAAAUACCGGGAAGCACUGGGAAAAUGGGAGGCUGCUCUUACUUUGACGCCAGAAAGUGCAGUGUUACAUGAACAAAAGGCACAAGUUUUACUUGAAAUUGGAGAUUCAUGGAAUGCUUUGAAGGCUGCCACUCGAGCUACUGAAUUGGAGCCAUCAUGGGCUGAGGCAUGGAUCACUCUUGGCAGAGCACAGUUAAACUUUGGGGAGCCUGAUAGUGCUAUUGAAAGCUUUGAUAAGGCAUCAGCAAUCAAGCCUGAUUCUGGGGAGGCACAGGUGGAUAAGCAGGCUGCAUUAAAUCUUGUAAAGAGGCGAAAGCAGCUUCAUUCAGAAGGCUUGAGUAGUACUCAAAAUCGCUAUGCGGUUGGUGAUAAUGCUAAAAGCUCCUGAAUGAAUAUGAUAGGAAAACAAAAAUUUUCCUGUCCGCCAACCAGAUUAUUUAGUUGGCUGGGCUGUACAGGGUUUCAGGAGAACCAGGCUUCUGUUUAUUCACGAGAGUGAUCAACAUGACUCUUGUGUUUGAGAUGAAGAAAUACUUUGCCUUGUUCAUCUACCAGGGAAGAUGAAAGCCAAGGGAUAGCCAGGACAAGCUCAUUCCUUCAACUGACACUUUGCUCUUGUAAAGUAUGAUGCGCUAACUUGUGUUAAGACAUGUAGAAAAGAGAAACCUAGCUUGUAAACUAAUUCCUCUGGUUGAAAGUUGAGACUAACACAAGCUAUCACUCACUCUCUAUAUAUAUGAAGGCUGAUGAACUAGAAGGGUUUCCCAUUUUCUGGAGAAAUUCAGAAUCUUCCUAGUCUUGGUUUUUAUUUUUACUUUUA